AGAUUUAAAUGCAUGUAUAUUAGUAUUUGGGUUUCCUGGGAUCGGUCGGAUUUCCCCACCACGUUGGACACAGCAAACGAUCGAAGUAAACACAGUUGAAUCUUGAAGAAAUUACGAUUUUGUAUAUCCACCGGAAUUGUUCAAUUCAGUUGAGUCGGAUUAUCACGAGUUGCAAUUGGAGAGGAAAACAAUGGAAUCGAGGCGGCAGGUGUUCUCGGUGGACUUGCUGGAGAGGCACGCCGCCAAGGGGCGGGGAGUGAUUACGUGUAUGGCCGCCGGCAAUGACGUCAUUGUGCUGGGAACCAGCAAAGGCUGGGUCAUCCGCCACGAUUUCGGCGUCGGCGAUUCGUUUGAUACUGAUCUGUCUGCGGGUAGAACUGGGGAGCAAUCAAUCCACAGGGUUUUUGUUGAUCCCGGAGGUAGCCACUGUAUUGCUACUGUAGUUGGUGGCGGAAGUUCUGACACAUUUUACACGCACGCAAAGUGGGCUAAGCCUCGAAUAUUGGCCAAAUUGAAAGGUCUUAUUGUGAAUUCCGUUGCCUGGAACAAGCAGCAGAUCACUGAAGCUUCCACCAAAGAAAUUAUUGUUGGUACAGACAAUGGCCAACUUCAUGAAGUUUUUGUCGAUGAAAAGGAUAAGAAGGAAAAGUACAUCAAAUUUUUAUUUGAACUUAGCGAACUUCCAGAAGCUUUCACGGGAUUGCAGAUGGAGACAACAAGCCUAAACAAUGUAAUAAGAUACUAUGUGAUGGCGGUUACUCCUACCCGGCUUUAUUCUUUCACAGGAAUGGGCUCAUUGGAAUCUGUUUUUGUUAGCUACACGGAACGUGCAGUUCACUUCAUGGAGCUUCCUGGUGAUAUCCCGAACAGCGAGCUGCAUUUCUUCAUUAAGCAGAGAAGAGCAACACAUUUCGCAUGGCUAUCUGGAGCAGGAAUAUAUCACGGUGGCCUUAAUUUCGGAGCACAACACAGUUCAGCAAACGGGGAUGAAAACUUUGUGGAGAACAAAGCUCUAUUGGAUUAUGCAAAACUAGGUGAAGGUGUGCUGGUCAAACCUAGCUCGCUGUCAAUGUCUGAAUUCCAUUUUCUUCUUCUGGUUGGGAACAAGGUUAAGGUUGUAAAUCGGAUUAGCGAACAGGUUGUUGAGGAGCUUUAUUUUGAUCAAACACCCGAUUCAGUUUCAAGUGGUGUUCUCGGUUUAUGCAGUGAUGCAUCUGCCGGGCUUUUUUACGCAUACGACCAGAAUUCCAUCUUUCAGGUAUCUGUGAAUGACGAAGGCCGUGACAUGUGGAAAGUGUACUUAGACUUAAAGGUAUAUGCUGCGGCUUUGGCAAAUUGUCGGGAUCCCCUCCAAAGAGAUCAAGUUUAUCUGGUGCAGGCUGAAGAUGCUUUUACCGCAAAAGAUUUUCGCAGAGCAGCUUCGUUUUACGCGAAGAUUAACUUUGCCUUGUCAUUUGAAGAGAUCACGUUAAAGUUUAUUAGCAUCGGGGAACAGGAUGCUUUAAGAACCUUUUUGCUGCGGAAGCUAGAUAGUUUUGCAAAGGAAGACAAAUGCCAAAUAACAAUGAUUUCCACCUGGGCAACUGAACUUUAUCUCGAUAAGAUUAAUCGACUACUUUUGGAGGAUGAUGUUAUGUCUGAUAAUUCGAGUUCAGAAUUUCAAUCAAUCAUCGCAGAAUUUCGUGCCUUUUUGACUGACUGCAAGGAUGUAUUGGACGAGGCUACUACCAUGAAGCUUCUAGAGAGCUAUGGUAGAGUUGAUGAACUGGUAUUCUUUGCUAGUCUUAAAGAGCAACACGAGAUUGUUGUUCACCAUUAUAUUCAGCUAGGAGAAGCAAAGAAAGCAUUGCGAGUUCUGCAGAGACCCAACGUUCCGACAGAACUUCAGUACAAGUUUGCACCAGACUUAAUCAUGCUCGACGCAUACGAAACUGUUGAAUCAUGGAUGACGACAAAAGACCUCAACCCAAGAAAGCUCAUUCCUGCAAUGAUGCGUUAUUCAAGUGAACCGCAUGCAAAGAACGAAACUCAUGAAGUGAUAAAGUAUUUGGAAUACUGCGUUCAUCGUUUGCAGAACGAGGAUCCUGGUGUUCACAAUUUGGUGCUCUCGUUGUACGCCAAGCAGGAGGACGAGAGCACUCUUCUACGUUUCUUGCAAUGCAAGUUCGGUAAAGGUCAGCCAAACGGACCCGAGUUUUUCUACGAUCCGAAAUAUGCAUUGCGUCUUUGUCUCAAGGAAAGACGAAUGCGUGCAUGCGUCCACAUAUACAGUAUGAUGUCCAUGCAUGAAGAAGCAGUUGCUCUUGCUCUACAGGUAGAUCCGGAGCUUGCUAUGGCAGAAGCUGACAAGGUUGAAGAUGACGAGGACUUGAGGAAAAAGCUUUGGCUUAUGGUAGCCAAACAUGUCAUUGAACAAGAGAAGGGAACGAAGAGAGAGAACAUUCGAAAGGCUAUUGCAUUUCUCAAAGAAACAGACGGACUUCUUAAAAUUGAAGAUAUCUUGCCUUUCUUUCCAGAUUUUGCUCUCAUCGAUGAUUUCAAGGAGGCAAUCUGCACAUCUCUCGAGGACUACAACGAGCAAAUCGAAAAACUCAAACAGGAGAUGAAUGAUGCUACGCAUGGUGCUGACAACAUAAGAAACGACAUCAGUGCGCUCGCACAACGAUAUGCUGUCAUUAAGAGAGACGAAGAAUGUGGGGUUUGUCGGAGGAAAAUAUUAAAUGCAGCGGACGAUUAUCGGAUGGCUAGAGUGUAUACUUCAGUCGGAUCUAUGGCUCCUUUUUAUGUAUUCCCGUGUGGACACUCUUUUCACGCGCACUGUCUGAUUGCACACGUGACUAGAUGUACUACUGAAGCUCAAGCGGAGUAUAUAUUGGAUUUGCAUAAGCAGUUGACUUUAUUGGGUAAUGACCCGAGGAAGGAAAGCUUAACAGACGACGAACCAAUAACAAGCAUGACACCUGGCGAUAAGAUUCGAUCGCAGUUGGACGAUGCCAUAGCUAGUGAAUGCCCGUUUUGUGGGGAACUGAUGAUUCGGGAGAUAUCUAUGCCUUUCAUCCUUCUAGAAGAAACAGACGAGAUCGAGUCGUGGGAAAUAAAGCCAUUAAACCUUGGAGCUCAGAAGAGCUUUUCAUUAACCGUUUGAUUAGAUCAUUCGUACAAGGACUGAAGAGUAAUUGUGCAUUUUUUUUAAUGUGUAUUUAUUUAUGUUUGUCUGUGUUUUUUUCCCACUCUGAGGCGUUACUUUUUUGCUACAUUUAUCCAUAGUCGAUUUUUUCGAGUGAAUACACUGGUCGUGUAUAUGAUGUAUUAUGAGAUGCAUUAGUUCGAGUUUUCGAGUGAGGUUUUCUGUGAUCUCCUAGUAUACUGUAUAUUAGAAUUGUAUACAUAAACAAUGUAUUUUGUUUCUUUUUCUGCACUCCUGGAAUUCUACAAGGAUUUAAUGUAUUGUUGGAUGU